GUGGGGGUGUCCUAGGUGGGGCUGUCGAGGGGGGACAGUCAGGGCGUCCUACUGCAAUUCUUCACCAUUUUAUUAAUAUCUACAAGUAAUCAUGGAGCACACGGAAACCUCACACUGACGCCGUUGUCAUGGUCUCUGUGUGGGUCACCACAGUGAACCACGUUCACCCCCGCCAAGUGCCCUCGAGGCUGAAGGUUACUUGCGUGCAGCCGGUGACCGGGGCUCCCGGGUUCCAGCGGGCAGCAUAAGGGGCGGUUGGCACAGAGCCCCGGUUAACACCCCCACCCCCACAGAAGGCAGCCGCCCAGUGCUCUGGACGAGACUCAAAGGGACCCACGGGGACGAGCAUGGAUGGGGCCGGGGCUGGGACGGGAGGAAGGGAGGCUGACAGAGCGUCAGUCCUCCCACGCUGCCCUGCGUGCUUCAGAGGGUUCUCUGCUCAGUGAGGCAGCUGUGGGCCAAGGAACCGGGACGGAGCUGAGGCUGGAGUGGGGGCUUGGCUCCGCAGCGUGUGCUUUGUCGGUGGAGGCCUGUCUUUCUCUCACUGGGGCCAGGCAGGCAGCAGCUGGGCCUGCGAGCUUGUCCUGAGAAAAAAGGAAGACACGUGACUGCUGCCCAAGCUCCCUGUUGCGUCUUGUGGCUGAGUCAGACCUUCUCCGGGCGGAGCCUGGGUCUGGCUGCGGGGGCCCCAGGGUGGACUCGGGGAAACAGCCUCCUCCUCCUGUAGUGAGUCCCGUGGCUCACUGCACUUUGGCCUCCCGCAGGGAUGAGCCAGUCUCACGUCCUGCAGGAGGCCCGGACCCUGUCCCGGUGUGCACGUGUGCUGUGUGCCAGAUGUCUGUGGGGUGAAGAGUCCUGGUGCUUGAUAAUCCCUGUGGCUGGAAAGGGGCGCCUGCUCUGGCAGCAUCCUGCCCAAACACCCGGGCCUUGUGGGGGGGCAGGUCAGGUUGGCCUUGGGUGGGGCCGGCCUGAAAUCCAGAGGUCUAGGGGUGACCCUGCCUUCAAGCCCCCGGUCUGGUCUGGGAGGGGCUGGUCAUCCUGUAGGCUCAGUGUCUGCCCCUCUGGCUGGUCCUGGGUGAGGAUGUGCUCUCUGACACUGCUGUUGGGGGCCCUCUCUUGGGGGAGACGGUGGUGCCCUUCCUGGCAGGAAGGCCAUGUGUCCAUGCUGGGUCGUGUCCCCUCGGCCCGCACAGGCCUGCUGGCACUGUGCCCCUCAGGCUGGCUGGGCCAGAGCGUGUAGGUCCCUGGUUGCUGGCCCCGUGCUGACCCCACCUGGCCCACAGCUGUGGCUCAGCUUUGCGCCUGUGGCUGACAUCGUUGCCGAGCACUUCGGCCUGUCCAUGGAGCAGAUCAACUGGCUGUCAUUGGUCUACCUCGUGGUGUCCAUCCCGUUUGGCGUGGCGGCCAUCUGGGUCCUGGACUCUGUCGGGCUCCGCGGGGCGACCAUCCUGGGCGCGUGGCUGAACUUCGCUGGGAGUGUGCUACGCAUUGUGCCCUGUGUGGCUGCUGGGACCCGAAACCCGUUUGCCUUCCUCAUGGGCGGCCAGAGCCUCUGUGCCCUUGCCCAGACCCUGGUCAUUUUCUCUCCGGCCAAGCUGGCUGCCUUGUGGUUCCCAGAUCACCAGCGAGCCACGGCCAACAUGCUGGCCACCAUGUCGAACCCCCUGGGCAUCCUUGUGGCCAAUGUGCUGUCCCCUGCACUGGUCAAGAAGGGCGAGGACAUUCCACUAAUGCUUGGUGUCUACGCCAUCCCUGCUGGCGUCGCCUGCUUGCUGUCCACUACCUGCCUCUGGGAGAGCGUGCCCCCCACCCCUCCCUCUGCUGGGGCCGCUGGCUCCACCUCGGAGAAGUUCCUGGAUGGGCUCAAGCUGCUCCUGAGGAACAAGGCCUAUGUCAUCCUGGCUGUGUGUUUUGGGGGAGGCAUCGGGAUCUUCUCCAGCUUCUCAGCCCUCCUGGAGCAGAUCCUCUGUGCGAGCGGCUACUCCAGCGGCUUUGCUGGGCUCUGUGGAGCUCUCUUCAUCGUGUUUGGGAUCCUGGGCGCGCUAGCUCUCGGCCUCUACGUGGACCGGACCAAGCACUUCACCGAGGCCACCAAGAUCAGCCUGUGCCUGACCUCUCUGGCCUGUGUGGCCUUUGCCCUGGUGUCCCGGCUGCGGGGACAGACCCUCGCCCUGGCCGCCACCUGCUCACUGCUCGGGCUCUUCGGCUUCUCAGUGGCCCCCGUGGCCACAGAGCUGGCGGUGGAGUGCUCCUUCCCCGUGGGCGAGGGGGCUGCCGCGGGCCUGGUCUUUGUGCUGGGGCAGGCUGAGGGCAUGCUCAUCAUGACGGUGCUGAUGGCACUGACUGUGCGACGCUCGGAGCCGUCCUUCUCCACCUGCGUGCAUGGGGAGGAUCCACUUGACUGGACAGCUGCAUCGUGGUGCUCUUCUUCCACACUCCAUACCGGCGCCUACAGGCCGAGUCCGGCAGGUCCCCUGCCACCCAGAACGCAUGCCCAGGCACUGAGGACUGGGCAUGUCCCCCGAAAGCCACCGCUUGAGGCCCCAGCAUGGCGGUCCCAGCUUGGAAGCUGCAGGAAGCUCAGGGACAGCUCAUUCCUGGGGCCACUUCUCUGGGCCCUGCCUCCUCCUCCCAGAGCCCCACACAGACCGACUGGGGGCGCGCGAAGGGGAGGCAGGUUCGGUCUCCCCAGGCUGCGCUGGCCCCGCCAGAAAGCUAAGUGCACCCAGGACACGUGGGAGAGCCCCCGAGGCGUGUCUGAGAGAGAGGGAGACUGCUGUGUGGACAAGGAACAGGCAGGCCCCCUGUGUGGAUGAGGACCAAGGAGGACGCUGUGUGGACGCGGACCCCGGAGGACGCUGUGUGUACCCAGACCACGGGGGACGCUGUGUGAACCCAGACCACGGAGGACGCUGUGUGAACCCGGACCAGGCCUUAGGCCCGGGAUGGACGGAGAGGGCGCGGGACGGGACGGGGUCCUGGGCGC